AUGGAGAAGGAGAGGAUUAAAAGAGGGACGAAGUUAAGCUGCUUUCCCCGCAAGGGACUGACGACUGUAAUCCGUUAUCCGCUAGCCGUUCCGCUCGUACCCUCGCUUGAGGCUCUGCAAGACCUUACUAUACUAUUUGUUUGCAUUUUCCACGGGGCGUGGCCAAGAAGCAGCCAGGGAAGGAGGCGCACCCACGGGUCUAUCUUGGAAAAGCCCGGAUCCGCGUUCAAUUAUGCUGGCGAUACAGCUGGCGCAGGCGGAGAUGGCAGAGGACGAGAUGAAAGAGAUCAAAUGACGAAAGCCUUCUCACUGGCCAAUGCUGUGGACAUAACAUUGAAUCCCCGUUGGAUUGCAACAAAAACCGUUUGUAGUGCCACUGGCAUAUGGGAAUUUCGAUGGAACAUGGACUCGUUAGUCACCCUUAAUGAUUGGGGUGGCGAGUGUGAUCGAGUGUCGGCUGCUACCGACCCGUUCCGAGAAGCUUCUUUCUUUGGAUCCAAAAGUCUUGUCCAGCAGUUCUUCCAUACCAACUUAGCUGCCCGUACUUGA